UGCCGGUGAAUGUACUGAGGCUGGUGCUAGUGGCCUCCGACUCAUCCACGAUGGCGUCCUUUUUACCGCACCUAGUGUUCGGUUGCGCCGUUUGGCUGACGGUGCUGCAAAUUGCCGUUCGUUCAGGGCACGCGAUCACGGUCCGCACGGAUGCAGACACACCCGCGCCCACCACCGCUCCCACACCAAGUUCCCCAGCACACGAUGGCGAUGGCGUUGAUCGAUCGAAUGGGCCACGCGUACACGCGGCCGAUAAUAAUGGAACGGAACGGUACGACAGCAGCCAGCUAGCCUGUUCGGCCCUGCCGGCCCGGUUGCUGCUGGAACGCUCGGAGAACAGCUUGCGGUUGUACCUGCUCGACACGGCCAGCGGCAUCCUGGAGCGGAUCGAGCACGCGCACCCACAGGGCAUUGACCGGACGAAGGUUUGCGCACUGCCAGCGAUGGAGGACGAACCGCGGAGCCUACAGGUGCUCGAUGUACAUCUCGGUGGCACUGCGUACGUGCUGUUCGUCGUCAGCACCGGUGAGUGGCAUUAUGUGUAUCUCGCACGCUCACCAGCCGGCCCUGGUGGGCAACAGGACAGUGGCAGCGAGAGCUCGAGCGCCCAGGCAAUCCAGCGGCUCAAGCGGACCGGUGAAACGGUCCGUGUGCGUCUGCGGGAGUGUAGCGGUCAGCUGUACCUCGUAACCAUCCACACGUAUGGAAAUAUGGGCAAAAUACGGAUUUACCGGUGGCUGCAGUCAUACUUUUCGCUCGUCGGCACCCGGGAGGUGUCCUCGCUGGACGACAUUCAGUGCCACUGCCCGGGGCCGCUGCUCCUGCUAGCCCUGGACUACGCACCGUUGCCCGAGCGCUCCAUGAACCACGUGUUGCUCCUGGACAGUGCCGGGACGGCUCCGGUGAAGGUGCAGGCAAUGUACUUCCUCUCCAGCACGCUACCCUCCUUCAUGCUCGGUGGUGAACUCUUCCUCGUGCGCCAGGUCAGCAAAGAUAAAAGCUAUCUGUACCAGUGGAGCAUCGAGGGCCGGUUCAUCCGGCAGCGGAUGGUCCCGUUCCAGGCGGUGCAAGUGUCGGCCGUCGCCACCUGGGACGACACGGUUGCCAUCGCGAUCGGGAACACGAUUCGGCUGUACACCGCCAACCGGCAUAAUUUGCUGCGAGUGGAAUCACCAUUUACGGUGCGGGAAAACGGAACCGUAUCCGCGCCCCUGACCCAACUACCCAUCGCACCGGGAGCAGGCCCGGAGCAGGAAUCGCAGCCGCUCACGAGGCUGUAUGCGCUGCGCCGAAAUGAAGGCGAGGAAGGGAUUGCGCUGGUACUGGAGUAUCGCUGCUCACCGGACAUCACCAACGGCACUGCCCUGCGCGUUUACCAGCUGACGGUGGAGAGCGAUAUGACUGCACGGACCGAAGCAUCCCACGAGCAAGGUUUCCACACGCUGAGCAGCUGCCUGCAGCGACUGAAGGAGCGCCUGAACGAGCGCAAACAGUGGAUCGAUCUGGUGCGGCUCCAGCUAGCGAAGCGGCAGUCCACCGUCGCGGCACUACACCAGACCGACCCGGCCAACACGGCCCUAGUGCACCCGACCGUACGGCUCCGGAAGCUGGUGCUACCGAACGGGAACCCGUACCUGUUGCCCCCGUCGCGAACCGUGCUGAACGGGCAAACGCUCCUGUUGCGCCACUACCGCGUCGCAACCGAUCUGAACCAGGUGCUGCUGUUGAACAGACCGCGGGCGGACAUCGAGGGUGAUCUGCACGUCGAUGGUAAUAUCCGGGCGAACAGCUCGAACAUCCGGGAGGUGCACGGGCUGGAACCGGUGGUAGCGGCAGCAGCGGCGAUAAGAAGCAGCAACAAACGCAGUCGGCGAUCAGCUGGGCCACACUAUCGAGGCUCCACCGUUCCGUACCGUGUCAUCGUAGCCCGGGAAGUGAUUGCCGCCAGUACGAUACACAAGCGGUUCUGGACGAAAACGAAAGCCACCGUACUGCCCGGGACCGUACAGCUGGACGUGGUGAGUGCGGGGAGUGUACAGAUGAAUCCACGGGGCUACAUCAACCGGAUUGCGGUGCCGAGCGAACGCGCGCUGGAGGAGGUAACCGCACGGGGCUACGGUGGGCACAAAGUGUUACCAAGCGUCCAGACAGCCCGGCUCCGGGUGAACAGCUUGAAUGGUGAACCACUGCCCAUGCAGCUGCUCGCAAACGGGCUCCAUUACGCGUCGGAUGGUGCCACGAUCCAGUCGGAUCGGGCCCACAUCCGUAACCUGCUUGUCCGUGGAACCGUGAACGGGCACCGGUUGGAUCGCUUCGUGCCGGCCCACCAGCCGCUGAUCCACGGUCAGCUGGUGCUGAGUGACGAGACGUGUGUGCGGUACCUGACCGUUCACCGUACGAUCGGUGGCACCGACCGGAACACGCUCCUGGACCGUGUCUCAGUGCAAACGCUCACCGGUCCGCUGUUCGUUAGCAAAGGAUUCACCCACAGUCUCACGGUGCAGACGCUGAACGGUGUGACGUCGUCCAACUAUGCCGUACUGCCCACCGAAGGACCUUCCGACGCUGCUUUUGUCGUACAACCGACGGUACGCACCGCCAAGCUGACCAUCCGGAACGCGCUGAUCGUGGAUCACGAGCGGCAACAGUUUGGGCCACACGUCGGCACCCUUGUGUCCGAUUUCCGCCAGCUGUACCCGCGCCAGGUCGUGAUCAACGGUUCGCUGCGGUUACGUGCGGACACCAGGAUCCUUUCGCCCAACAUUACGCUGGCGGCCGGCGGGCACGUAGUGAUCAGCAGCCCGGAACUGUACCAGAUCGGCCACCGCUAUCUGCUGCGCAAUCGACGGCAGGUCGUGGAGGACCGGGUGACGUACCGGCCGGUGGCACAGCUACAGUACCUGUUCGCCAACACCCUGAACGAGGUCGGCCUGUGGCAGCUCUGUCUCACGCACUUCAACUGGCACCAGAACGGUUUGUACCUGCACGAUGCCACCGUUCGCGGUCAGCUCCGGGCGACGCGCCUAGCGCCGCGACUGCACAGCAUCAAGCGGUCCCGGGUGGCCCAGCAUGCCACCGUCUCGCUCUGUAACACGGCGAAACACUUCCAGGGACGGUUGAGCGUGGCGCAUCUUCGUACGGGUUCGUUCGCAUCGCUGUUGCCCACGGCGGCCCUUUGGUCGAAGGCCGGUCAGCAGCAGUAUGAGGCCGCACCGGUUACGGUGAGUGCGGUGCUCGAGCUACACGAAGCCACGACGGUGGUGCUGCUGGAGGGUGGCACCGGUUUGCACGUUCUCACCACCCUGGCAGGGUAUCCGGCGGAUGUACUGUUCCGGCGCACGGCUCUCACGGUCUCUCAGCGCGAGCAGGAGCAACAGCUGAGGUUGACCACGCUAGAGGCGGAUCUGCUGACCGUGCAUCGCGUCGAGAAGGUUGCCCUGGGUCCGAUGGUGCAGCGGUUUGCAGACCAGACCCGCCGGCUGUACACACCGGGACGCGGCACCGACACCGACCACUGGAUGGUACCGUCGUUUGCGACGAUUGUACUAGACGGAGCGGCCCCCACCCAGCACGUACCGUCGCUGACCGUAGGGGAUAUCAACGUUUGCCCGAUCGGAUGGCUGCUGGGUGAGAGCGUACGGAAGCGGGGCACCGACACGGGGCACCGGCGACCGAUUGACGGGUACAAGCGUGUCCACGGUAGCCUGACCGUGACGGAGGAACUCCGGGUGGCCCGGGAGCUGAACGGCCAUCCCGCCCAGAUCCUGGGGCAGGUGGUGACGCGCUCAUCGCCCGUACCACAGCCGAUCGAGUCCCGGUGGCAGUUCGGGUCGAUCGUGGCCCCGUACUUUACCGCGAAGACGCUCAACCGCACACCGCUCACCCUCGUCGCGCUGCGGACGGACGAGAGCUUACCGCUGCACGGGGACCUGUUCGUCGAGCGGUUCCACCUGCGCGGGCUCGAGUGGCCGUACGCGGCCACCCGGGGAGGGAUGGUACAGUUGGAGGGGGCGGGCGUGGCCACGGGCCACCAUCCGAUCGCCACCAUCAAUCGGUGCCGGUGUUACGGUACGGUGAUCGAUUCCGGGGCGGCCGAUCGUGCGCUGGUCGCACCGCACGAGCUGCUCCUGUUUGCUCCGCUACCGGCCACGAACCAGCAGCCGAUCGAGAGUGUGGUCAUCUUCAACACGACCGCGGUGCACCUUGGGAGUGUGACGCAGCACCACGGGUCGGUUGAUGCGCUCGAGCGUAUCGCGGAGCUGUGCUUACGCCGCAACCACUCUACCUCGCCGAUCGUUUUCCACCGAGAGCAGCUACUUCCGGGGGCGACGACCGUGCGUCAGACGGUGCGGAUCGGUUCCGGCGCUUCGCUUGCGGUUGGUCGGGUGGCGGGAGUACCGAUCGCGGAACGGCUUACACCCGGUGCUAGGCCCGGCGGUGGGGUGUUUCUUCUCGGGCAAACACCGGAACCGAUGGCCGGCGGGCUCAUCGUGGCCAGUCGGAAGCGUUUCACCGGCACGGGUGUGGCCACCGUACGUAACCUUACCCUGGUGACGGUGGACGGUUCGUCGCGGGGGCUGCUGGGUGUGCUGCUGGCGACGGGGAGUUGGCCACCGCACGAAACGCCCCCACCGCUCACCGUUAACCUGGGCGCCGGUGCGAUCGUCGAGCAGCGGCUAACGGUGGCCCAGCUCAACUACACACCGUUCGAGUGGUUUUUCCAUGCGUUCUUCCGGCGCGUCCUGCCCCCCGAGAUACACAACACGAAGGUACCACCAUCACUACCACCACGCUACAUACAGGACUUUCGCGGUACGCUCACGGUAGCGAAUCUGGUGCUUCGCGGCACCGACACGAUUCUGCACCACAUCAACGGCAUCCCGCUGGCGGACGUCGUGACGCGGGCGACCGAUAACGCUGGCCACCAGAUCGUCACCGGGCCGAAGGCGUUCCGGAGCGUACGGCUGGGGGGACCGUUGUCGCUGCACCACUACAACGGCAUAGCGGUGGCCAGCAUCAAGCGGAAGAUUGUGUUCGCUAGACAGCAGCCCAGCAGGAGCCAGCUUGGUGAGGUCGGCGUUCCCAAGGUCAUCAUCUUUAACCGGCCGGUCAAGCUGGGUGCCCUGUGGUCGAAGCACACGUACGAGAGCCGUACCGCUUCGGCUGCCCUCUCCAUGGAUGACACUCAGCGCUCAGCACAGCAGUCCGCCGCGGGGUACUCCGAAUCGGUCGAUGCACUGCUGACGUCUACCCUGAAUCAGCACCAGUUCCGACCGGUAGCACGCCACGGUGCGGCGAAUCGCCGGCGCAGCAGCGUAGACACGUCGUUUGUCCGCUCCGUGUCGCUCGCCCGUACCACCGGGGCCGUGGCCGGUGGUGUGCGGUAUGACUGCACGCCCGAUCGGCUCGCCAUCGCCGUGUUCGAUGGGCAGGGUGCGUCCCUGGCGCCAGGAAAUCAUUGCCAGGCGGUGCUCGGUGUGGCAGCGAUCAACAGCACCACCAACCUGCUGCUCGUAACCCUGCAGUCGUCAGCGGAACCGGACACCGUGGUACCGGCACUUUACACGGGCGAUCGGCGGGCACACCCGGCGCAGUUGCGUUCGCUCGAGAUGCCCCACGGAAUCGCGGGCCGUUCGGUGAGGGGAGCGGCGCUGCUUACUCCCGCUCGGGAGGACAUCAUGCUCGCCCUGCUCGUCACACCGGCUGCAUCCGCACACACCCAGCCCAGUGUACGAAUCUUCCGCCUCGAGAACCCUGCGCGGGCGGGCGGCCCCGAGUUGCUUCGGUUUGCUCCGUUCCAGACGAUCAGCGGUGGUGCUCACGUGACCGCCCUACAGACCAGCGCCGAUGGUAGCGUUCUGGUGCUGCAGGAGCGCACGGCCACCGGUCGCCAGCAGCAGCAGCACCUGUACGAGUACAACUCGGUGGCAGGGUGGACGGAGAGCACGAACCAUCUAGUGUAGUGCCGGCGCCAGGGCAGUUUACGCAUUCCGCAUUGUUUUGCAUGUUUUAAAUUGUUUGCUUACGAACGGGCUAAGCAUUAUUGUUGCUAGUUUAUGCACAGGAAAUGCAUAUCAUAUAAUUUGUCACAGUA